AUGAAAUGUCCAUACUGCCCAACUUAUAUCAAGGAAACCGCGUAUUUCAUAAGAAUUUCACCACUCUUCAAUCAUAAAAUACUAGGGUUCACUCAUGUGAGAGCGGUCCACGGAAACCGGCGGGCCCGAACAAUUAGAAUGGAGUUUGCAAUGGGGAGCUAUGGUUCUGGUGCUUCUGGUGAUGAACAAGAUACUUCCAACUCUAGAAGGGGCAAAAAGAAUUAUCAUCGCCAUACUUCUCGCCAAAUUCAGCUGCUCGAAACAUUUUUCAAGGACUGCCCACAUCCAGAUGACAAUCAAAGGCGGCAAUUGAGCAAGGAACUUGGUCUGGAGCCAAAACAAAUCAAAUUCUGGUUUCAAAACAAAAGAACUCAAACAAAGACUCAGCAUGAAAGAGCAGAUAACUCGGUUCUUCGAGCAGAGAAUGAAAGGAUUCAAUGUGAAAAUCUGGCCAUAAGGGAGGCACUCAAGAAUGUUAUUUGUCCUGCUUGUGGAGGUCCUCCUUUUGGAGAAGAAGAACGCCAGCGUAGUUUGCACAAACUUCAGUUGGAAAAUGCACAACUUAAAGAUGAGCAUGAAAAAGUAUCAGCACUUCUCGCGAAGUACAUCGGAAAACCAAUUCUGCAAACCGAUCCAAUGCUUUCUACACACGGAUCGCCCUUCGAAUACAUGGCAACAGGUCUUCCAAGUCAACGAAUGCAAAGUCCUUCUCUUGACCUUCACCUGAAUUCAUCAGCAUUUCCUCCUGACCAUUUCUCAAUGCCUUACCGAUUUAAAGGAAUUUCCGAAAUGGAGAAGGCGCUCAUGUGCGAAACUGCAGCUAGCGCCACCGAAGAGCUACUCAGGCUCUUGCAAAUCGACGAGCCUUUGUGGACAAAAUCCCAGUCUGAUUCAUCAAAAUGUGUUAUUCAUCGCGACAGCUAUGAUAAAGUAUUCCCCAGAAGUAGUCACUUCAAAGGCUCAAAUGCACGGAUUGAGUCGUCGAAAGAAUCAGGAAUUGUGGCAAUAAAUGGAAUUAAUCUAGUGGAAAUGUUCCUGGAUUCAAACAAAUGGGCGGAUCUUUUUCCGACACUUGUUACGAGAGCUAGUACAAUUCAAGUAAUUGACACAGGAACGAUGAUGUCGGCAAAUCGAACUAGUUCCUUGCAACUGCUGUAUGAGCAAAUGCAUAUACUAUCACCGUUGGUUCCACCAAGAGAAUUCUACAUUCUUCGACAUUGUCAGCAAAUUGAGGCUGGCAUGUGGAUUAUUGUUGAUGUAUCCUAUGACUGCUUCAAAGAAACUAUUCCUUCGGCUCGUGCUUGGAAGCUUCCUUCUGGAUGCAUGAUCGAAGAAAUGCCUAACGGUUGUUCCAAGGUAACUUGGGUAGAACAUGUGGAAGUAGAUGACAAAACUCAAACUCAUAGACUCUUCAGAGAUCUCAUAUGUGGAAGUUCUGCAUUUGGUGCUCAAAGAUGGAUUGCUUCCCUACACAGAAUGUCCCAAAGGUUGGCUCUCUCCUUCAGAGAAACUUCGCCUACUCAAGAACUUGGUGGAGGAAUUACGUCAUCCGAAGGCAGAAGAAGCUUAAUGAAACUAUCCCACAGGAUGGUGAAGAAUUUCUGUUCCAUGUUGAGUAUGUCAUGUAAGUUGGAUUUUCCACAAUUGUCUGAAGUGAAUAACAGCGGAGUUCGAGUUUCGGUUCGUAAAAGCGUCGAACCGGGGCAGCCUGGAGGCACCAUUGUGAGCGCUGCUACCUCUCUUUGGCUUCCUCUCCCGCCUGAGGAUGUUUUUGAUUUCUUCAGAGAUGAGAAAAAUAGAGUUCAGUGGGACAUUCUGUCCAAUGGAAACCCAGUUCAUGAAAUUGCACAUAUCUCCAAUGGAGCUCAUCCUGGGAACUGCAUUUCCAUCAUUCGGCCAUUUAUACCGUCGGAGAACAACAUGCUGCUACUACAAGAGAGCUGCAUAGACCCAUUAGGAUCAUUAGUAGUAUAUGCACCCAUCGACAUCCCGACAAUGAACAUAGCAGUCUCCGGCGAGGAUCCGUCGAUGAUACCGAUUCUUCCGUCAGGUUUUGCAAUAUCCGGGGACGGCAGACCAGCUGACAAAGCAAAUGUUGCCUCCACAAGUACAGGAAGACCAUCAGGUGGCUCACUUCUAACGGUAGCAUUUCAAAUAUUAGUUUCAAACCCUAAUUCAUCGUCGUCGUCAUCUUCUUCCAUUUCUACUAAGGAGAUGAAUAUGGAGUCUGUGGCCACUGUUAAUACUCUUAUUAGCUCUACUGUUCAGAAAAUUACAGCUGCUUUGAAUUGCUCUAUCUUGGACUGAGAUUUUAUUUUUUAAGUCUUUUUUUUGUUGUUGUGGUAGUGAUUUGAGUUUAUUACAUGAUAAUAAUAACUAGCUAGGAAAAGGAAACUAAAGUGUAGUUUAUGAAAUAAGUUUUUUUUGUAGUUUGAUGGGUGUUUUGUAACUCAGAUUGAA